AUGCCUCAACUAGUCCGGUACUCUGGCCUUCGACCACGGACUGUCCGAGGAUGCAUACUGGUCUUGAUUCAACAUAACAUCGUUUGGCAUGUGCAAAGCGAGGGCGAGCAGGAGAUGUACGAAGUGAACUUGGACGAGUGUCUGAUGCGCCUGAGAUAUGGUCGGUAUAUUUUCCAGGCUGAAAAACUGUUUGGGCAAGCAGGUGCAGAUAUUGUUCAAAUCAUAAUGGACCAUGGGAAGUUGAGGCCGCCCGAUAUUUUUGCUUUGUUGCACGUCCAUGAAUCCAAGGCCCUCGCCCAGCACAAACAAGCGCUCUACAAACUGGUUUCUGGAUCCUACCUCAAGGCAUCAACACCACGGUCCCAUGUAUCUCCUCGAGAUCGACUUAUUCAGUAUGAGAUUGAGGAAAAGAAGAAGAUCGUUGGAUUCCCUACGGCGAAACAGCUGAGAGAAGCGAAGGAGGUUGCUGAAGGUCGGCUGAAGCGGGAAGAUGAUGAAUCUGAAAAAAUUGGUCUGAAACGGAAAGCGAAGGAGCAGACUGGUCAUCGAUCCAGCAAGAAAAAAGCACUUGAGGAAGAAACUGUCGUUGAUGAUGAGGUCUUCUUCCGGGUGAACUGCGAACGGUUCAAUGUUCACAUUCGUAACGAGAUUAUCGUUAACGCAGCAAAGGAUCGCUACAAUUCUCAAGCUGGAAGCGUAAUGCAAGCGGCCAUCAAGGCUACAGAGGGCGCCAACCCCAGCCUGUCCGAUGCACGUUCUGAUCCCGUCUCCGUUUCUAAUGUCAUCAUGCUGCUAACGGACGACCGCGAGUUGUCAUCUGGUCUGGUGUAUUCCUCCAGAAAGGUUCCUCUUGCGACAUGUGUGAAAGACUAUGUUGGGCUUCUUGCUGCAGCAGAUAACCCCACACCCGCUGGCAAGGCUGGCGCUUUCUUGUCCUUUGGAGGAUCCAAGGUCCAAGUUGACUAUGAGACUAUCUCAAGGCGGCUGAGGCGUCGGUUGUUGGAGGCGAUGGCGCAGGAAAAGCAUGGCCCUGAAGGGGUGCGCAUCAUUCGACUGCUGUUGGAUACCGGGAAGAUGGAUGAGAAGCAGAUAUCCAAAGUGGUUCUGAUGGCGUCCAAGGAUGUGCGACCUCUCUUGGCUGCAUUGUCGGCGGACUCCUUGGUCAGUACGCAGGAAGUCCCGAAAAGUGCAGAUCGGAAUCCUACGCGGACAUUCUACCUAUGGUAUGUCGACUUGUACAAGGCAUAUUCGUCACUCCUUGGGAAUGCCUACAAAACCUUGUACAACAUCAGUGCACGGCGUCGGGCAGAGCGUGAGGUCACCGAGGUGAAAACCAUCCUGGAAAAGAGCCUACGCACUGACGUACAGCAAGACGAGAAUCUGCUUACACGGAUGGAGCGGGAGGUACUGCAACAAUGGCGAGAACGGGAAACGCGACUGACCGUCCUGGAAAGCCGGGUGGAAGAGGCUGUCUUCAUUCUUAAGGAUCUCGCUGUACAUGGACUUGGAGAUGACUAG